AAGAUGGAGUUUGCCAUGGUGGGCGCGGACGGCGGGUGCAACAGUCACCUGCCGUACGGGUAUGCCCAGGCUCGGGCGCGCGAGCGGGAGCGGGAGAGGGAGCGCCAGGCUGCCCAGUCCAGAGCGGCGGCCGCGGCGGCGGCUGCUGAGGGAGGACCGGGAGCGGAGGGAGGACCGGGAGGAGGAGGAGGAGGUGGGGGUGGAGGAGGAGGUGGAGGGGGGUCCUCCACCUCCUCCAGCGCUCAUCUCCUUAACAACCGCCAGCAUCAGUGUCGCGCCGCCUCCUCCGCGAACGCGAACAUCAGCAGCGGCGGCGGCGGCGGCGGCAGCGGCGGCGGUACCGCCUCGCGCCCCUCCUCCUCCUCCUUCACCUCCUCCUCCUCCUCGCAGGAUCCUGACCAGCAGCAGCAGCAGCAGCAGCAGCAGAGAGGUCUCAGAGAGCGGAGGAAGCAGCGCGGCGUCGGGCGCUGGAGACGCAACCGGUCGAGUCUCGGCGGGGACCUGCGCCAUUCGGAGCUGGCGCUGCUCGGAUCCGAGGAGGACAUCAUGAUCGAGGAGGAGGAGGGGGAGGAGGAGGAGGGCGAGGAGGAGGGGGGCGAGGAGGAGGAGGGCCGCGGGAGCAAGAGGUCCAGUUUUCUGUGCAACAUGGAUGAUGAGGAGGAGACCGUGUCGCUGACGGACCGGCGGCCGCAGUCCGGCUACGAGAACGUGUACAGCGAGUGCGGCUGCUGCGAGCGCGUGGUCAUCAACGUGUCGGGUCUGAAGUUUGAAACUCAGCUCAAGACUCUCACUCAGUUCCCGGACACCCUGCUGGGAGACCCCGACAAGAGAAUCAGGUACUUCGACCCGCUGAGGAACGAAUACUUCUUCGACAGGAACCGACCGAGCUUCGACGCCAUUCUGUAUUAUUACCAGUCGGGGGGCCGCUUGAAAAGACCCGUCAACGUCCCGUUCGACAUCUUCUCCGAGGAGGUGAAGUUUUACGAACUCGGGGAGGAGGCGAUCCUGAAGUUUCGGGAGGAUGAGGGCUUCGUGAAGGAGGAGGAGAAGCCGCUGCCGGAGGACGAGUUCAAGCGUCAGAUCUGGCUCCUCUUCGAGUACCCGGAGAGCUCGAGUCCCGCGCGGGGCAUCGCGGUGGUCUCCGUCCUGGUCAUCGUCAUUUCCAUAGUCAUCUUCUGCCUGGAGACGCUGCCGGAGUUCAGGGAUGAAAAGGAGUAUCUGCAGCCACGACACAACUCCACGCAGCCCGACCACGGCUUCACCCCCUUCAACGACCCCUUCUUCAUCGUGGAGACGGUCUGCAUCAUCUGGUUCUCCUUUGAGAUUAUAGUCCGCUUCUUCGCGAGUCCCAGCAAGACCGCGUUCUUUAAAAACAUUAUGAACUCGAUAGACAUUGUAUCCAUUUUGCCUUAUUUCAUAACUCUCGGCACGGACUUGGCGCAGCACCAGGGCAACGGGCAGCAGGCGAUGAGCUUCGCCAUCCUGAGAAUAAUCCGUCUCGUGCGGGUGUUCCGCAUCUUCAAGCUGUCCCGGCACUCCAAGGGGCUGCAGAUCCUGGGUCACACCCUGCGGGCCAGCAUGCGGGAGCUGGCCCUCCUCAUCUUCUUCCUGGUCAUCGGCGUCAUCCUCUUCUCCAGCGCCGUGUACUUCGCGGAGGCGGACGAGCCCACCUCGCAGUUCACGAGCAUCCCCGACGCCUUCUGGUGGGCCGUGGUGACCAUGACCACGGUGGGCUACGGCGACAUGAAGCCCAUCACCGUCGGGGGGAAGAUCGUGGGCUCUCUGUGCGCGAUCGCGGGCGUGCUGACCAUCGCGCUCCCGGUGCCGGUCAUCGUGUCCAACUUCAACUACUUUUACCACAGGGAGACCGACAACGAGGACCAGACGCCGGUGGUGGAGAGCAUGCCCCCGGGGUGCCCCUACUUCCCGGACUUUCUAAGGAAAUUCAAAGGCUCGCCCUCGGGCUCCUCACUGGGCGACAAAGCGGAGUACAUGGAGAUGGAGGAAGGGGUGACGGAGUCGCUGUGCGGGCUGGACAAGAGCCCGAGUAAAGGCAACGGCACAGACAUCAGCAGAAAAAACAGUACUAACUCAAAAUCUAUUCAGACUGACGUGUGAUUACAAGUAGAGAUUUAUUUUAUUUUAUUUUAUUUUUUUGUUUUCUAGACACCCUAUCAAGAGACUUUCUGCCCUGCAGCAGGUGUCCCCCUCCCUCCCUCCCUCCCUCGAUCAACUUUUACGCACGCCUCAGAAACCACACAGCACACGCACACACCGACAGAUCACUUAUUGGCGGGUUAAGAUGUUUCAUUCUCAUCAUCUCAAAACGACAGAUCUUCUUCUGCCCCAUAAAAAAAAACCUCCAGGAGCAAGUAUGACCAAGUAUUUUCCCUAUAGGUUGAUUGGUUAUUUCAUCCAACCUGUGCGGGCUUCCAAAAUCCGACAUCAAAAUCAUCAGAAUCGAGAGAAGACAGGCUAUGCAUUCGCACUUUAUGAGUUUCAUCUGUCAAUAACGGAAAGGUAACGGGAGGGUCGUGUUUUGCUGUUAUGCAAUAAAGUUUAAACAAUUUGUUUGCACUAAUGUAGAAGGCAGAUUUAUGUUUAGAGACAGAAACUGUAGGCCAUGCAAAUGGCAAUAAUUUAGUCAUCCUCUGACCACUUAGCUGAAGAAUGUUUGAGUAACUCCCUCCACGAGAGCAAACUAAGAAUAUUAAUAACCCUUUUAUAAGCUGCCAGUUGAAAUUGGACUCUAAUAAAUAAAAAAAAAAAAUAGGUCGGAGACAGACAAAAGACUUUUGUGGCUGUUCCAACACAUAACAUUGAGAAGAAGCGCAUUGUUAAGACAUAGCAUUUAAACAGGCAUCCAAUAAACCAGGGCUAUAGUUAUUUUCAUGUCAUCUACACAGAAAAAGCCUCGUGUCGUUGACCCACUAUGAGAGCUAAAGCACAGGAGUCUGAAAUGGCUGGAGAAAUGACUCGCCCCAGGUUUUGUAUGGACAUUUUGGAUCUUGGCGACAGGAGUUUCCCCCUCCCCCCAGUUUCUUUAAAAAACAAACAAACAAAGAAAAAAAAACACCUCAAAAUGACAAUAUCCCUUUACACGGACGCAGAUGGAAAGUUAUAGCAAAAAUGACUCAGUCGUGGAAACUCAUCGGAGAGGAGUUUGUGAGCAAUUUUCUCUCCUGUCCGCUGGACUUGGUGCACAAAAUAUAUAUUUUUUUUCUUCUCAAGAGGACUAUAAUUAUCUCGGAGCUCAGAGGAUCGUCGGGAUGUGGAUGUCUUCCAAGCGCUGCCAGUUACAGGGAGAGGGAGAACCCCCCCACAGCACCUGCCCCCCUGCCGCCCCCCCCCCCCCCCCCACCACCAACACAUCUCUGGAAAUUGCAGAGAACGAGCAAAACAUUGCGACCGGUCACCUUUGAGCACGAGCGGACGCCGAAAAGCAACAACCCCGGAGGAGGCUGGACGUCGGGACGGGUGGAGACGAAGAGCUGCUGUCUGGAGUCAGUGAACGCACCCUUCAGGGUCCGGCCUGGUCCAAGAGUAAGAAACGAUUGCCUUAAUUACUACACAGAUGUAUGAAGAGACGAUACUAAGAGACUUAUAAAACACACACACACACACAAAAAAAGAUGUUUUCUUUACAUGUGAAAAAAAAGUGUCUUGUAAGGAACAGAUGUGAAUAUUUUACUAUGAUAGAGAUACUGUUCGGUUGUGACGUCGACAUAAUGUUUUAGUUGGGUCGGCUUCGUAGGUGUCAUUGGUUCCUAAAUGGUGAGUUUGCUCUCUGCUCGUGCGCGGCCAGCAGUACCACGUAAUCUAUUUUUUAUCUCCUUUCAUAUCGUCAACCGAAAAAGGCUGGCCCGAGUCGCCCGGCCACAGAAAUCUCGAUUCACGUUGCGUCACGACACAUGAAAACCCUCAUUCAGAAGGUGUAUAGAGGGGUCGAGAGAGCAAGAGAGAGAGAGAGAGAGAGAGACAGAGAGAUGUUGACUGGCUCAAUGCAACACACCCAAACACAUGAGAAGAAGAUCCUCUUACAUUAAGAUCCACUUACACUAAAGCAAAGAUGUCAGGCAUAUAAACACCCGUCAUGAAUAUCUGCCACACUCUCUUUCUAUCGCAGAGACAAGCCGGCGGGCUUUCACCGGCCCGGACUCAUCCACGUGAAGACGAAACACUUUCCGUUUCUUUUCUCAGAUGCAAAUUUAGAGCCGACCAGCUGCUUUGUUGAUAUGUUUUCACUUUGAAUUUAACUGUAUGCAAAAGUAACAUGGACGUGUGUUCUAUAUUUUUUUAAACCUAGCCUUGAUAAUUACAUAACCAAAGGUGAAACCCUGAAUUUAAUUGUAUGUUGUGGACUUCUGGAAAAUGUUGUGAUAUAGAUGCACACUGAAUAGGAAAAAAAAAAAAAAAUGUAAAUAUCAGACGUUUAUACCUGUGUGUCCUAAGAUGUGUUGCAGAUAGAGUAAUUUGAGACUUUUUACUUUCUUUGACUGUUACGACCAUCGACCAUGUUACUCUGUGUUUGGUUUGUCCUCGCUGGAACAAUCACCGUCUCCAUAUUGUUGCGAAUGCUGCUCCAACAUUCUCCGCUGUCCUGCUCUCCACGUCCAUUUUCUCUUUCCUUCUUUCUGUUCCUUUUUCUUUCUCCCGAAACAGCCUCCUUUAGAAAACACGUUUUCUUUGGCAGGACGCUGACGUCCUCACCUCUCUCAGACCCGCGAUGUCGCCUGUGAACGGAACGUCCACAGACGACGCCAGUUUCACAUUUAUUUCUGAAAGCGGCAGUGAGAGAUAUGACAUAUCUUUUAUGAAGACAGUAUUUUAUUUUCCUUCUUGCAUACCGUGUCAGCUGUAACGGCGUUUUGGAAGCUUGAAUUUAGACUUCAUCGUGUAUUUUCUUUUUCCUACUUUGCCCAAAGAAAAUCCAAAGUUCACAUUCUUGCUCUUUUUCUGGAAGUGUGUAUCUGUAAUUACCUCAUGGAUAGCAUCCCUCUGAAAAGAUGUUUACUGAAUGUUCUAAAAAGAAAAACUUUUCCUCAGUGUCAGAGAAACCCUGUAACCACCAAACAGCCACAAUAGUUUUUAAAUAGAUGUCAGUAACUGUACUCGGGAAGUCCUUCACACACCGUUUCGCUGAGCUGCCACACAAUCCGCAACGUUUAUAGAAAUAUCUUCAGUUUUUCUUAAUUUCCUUGAAUUUUUUUGUUUUGUUUUCACCAAAGUGAUCAACAGACCCCGUUCACACGACGUUUCAAAUGAAAUCGCAUCGUUUUUGCGUUUUCGUUUCAGAAAAGCUUUGCACAGAAACGGCAGAAACUCUGAAAAUAACACCGGUGAGUGCGUGGACGCUGCUGUGGACAGACGUCCUUUUCAAAAAGUUUCGUUCCCAGUGGCUCGGAGCUCCAGAACGCCGCGACAGUCUUCAGUUUUCACUUGAAAACGUUGUAAACGGGGCCUGAUUCUCCAUCCAGUCGCAGCUCAGUGAAACAGAGGCUUUACAGUCAAGGUGUUUUUAUUGGGGAAGGAAAGGACAUAAAUAACGUUUGUCAUUUCUGCUGACCCGCGGUUUUAUCAGGAAGAUGUUCAAGGAACGACAAACCUGCACAGUUGUCAGUUCUUAAAAAAAAAAAAAAAAAAAACUAUACAAGGAUGGAAA